AUGUGGAUGCCGCCCAUUAACUUUCUGACUCUGCAUUAUGCGUACAUCAUCUUGAUGUCUUUGCUUGCCAUUCCCAUUCUCUACCCUUACGGUAAUCUCACGGCCAUUGAUUCCUUCUUUUUCGGCGCCAGCUCGUCGACAGAGUCUGGCCUGAAUACAAUCGAUGUAAAGGAGCUCAAGACUUACCAGCAACUAUACGUCUACUUUGUUCCUAUGCUUACGAACCUCGGCUUCGUCAACAUUAUUGUCGUCAUCGUACGCUUGCAUUGGUUCAGGAGCCACCUUAAGCGCCUUGCUCCCCAACUCCACCCUCGCCGACAGCGCGGUAGUUCCGAGGCUGACCCCGAAGACAUUCUCGAUACGUCAACGAUAGAGACCCCUGACACAGCUGGCAAGCUUCCCGUUGCGGUAGCAAGCGGUAACGAUGCCAAGACAACGAUCGAAAACCCUGGUCAAGCGCCGGUGAUAAACCCGGAUAGUGCAAGACCGAUCGCGCGCACCACCACCAUCAGUUUUGACCCUGCUACUGAGAAGCAUAAAGACGACACCACCCUCUACAUCCCAUCACCGAGGGACCGUGAACGCGGACACCCCAUUGUUGAAGAAACCGGAAGAGCUAGGGUUGAUGUCGAUAGCGAUGAUGAAGUCAUCAAUGACAACAAUGAAAACCAGCUUAAGCCAGUGUCCAGCUCGGCCUCCAAUAACGGGGGCCCGAGCCUGCGCCUUCGCCGCCGAUUUAGUGACCGCGACGGCCUACAGAUCACCGCAGCUCGUUCUAUGGAUCGUGUCGCUGAUGUCGCUGCGUCCAUUCUGCUUCUUGGUUCCGAGACUAAGCCUCGACCCCGUCCUCCGACUCCCGCCCCUCAGAAGCAGCCAGCCUUGAACGACACGCCGUUCCUUUCGCGUCAGGCCACUAUUGGACGCAAUUCGCAGUUUCGCAACUUGACGUCCCAUGACUUGGAGGUGCUGGGUGGUAUCGAGUAUCGCAGUCUGAAGCUCCUGCUCAAGAUCGUAACUGCUUUCUUCUUCGGCAUGCAUCUGUUCGGCGUCAUCUGCCUCGUGGGGUGGAUCCAUACGGCGAACCCCAAGUAUAGGGACUACCUGGAGUCAAUUGCGCAGGACAAGAACUGGUGGGCCAUUUAUUCCGCCCAGACAAUGGUGGACAACCUCGGGAUGACACUCACGCCUGACUCGAUGAUAUCGUUCCGCGAUGCCAAAUUCCCCAUGAUCCUUAUGAGCUUCCUCGCCUUUGCUGGCAAUACGCUAUAUCCAGUCUUCCUCCGCCUGGUCAUUUGGAUCAUGGCCAAGGUCACGCCCAAACAUUCUCCUACCCAAGAGCCCCUUGCGUUUCUGCUCAACCACCCGCGUAGAUGCUACACCUUGCUCUUCCCGAGUCAACCAACCUGGAUCCUCUUCGCCAUCAUCUUUGCCCUCAACUUUGUCGACGUCCUGCUCAUCAUCAUUCUUGACCUUCACAACCCUGAAGUCGCGUCCUUACCUCUCGACGCGCGUAUUCCGGCUGCCAUCUUCCAGGCCGCUUCGGCGCGCCAUACCGGUACUGCCACCUUCAACUUGGCCAACGUCGACCCAGCUGUGCAGCUCAGCCUUUUGAUCAUGAUGUAUAUCGCCAUUUUCCCCAUCGCUCUCAGCAUUCGCUCUUCCAACACUUACGAGGAGAAGUCACUCGGGCUCUGGAAGGAUGAAGAAUCACCGAAUGAGGAAAAUGGCAAGUCAUAUUUAGUGACACAUAUGAAGAACCAGCUUGGCUUCGAUUUGUGGUAUAUCUUCUUGGGCACCUUUUGCAUAAUCAUUGCCGAAUCAGACAGGGUCGCCAAUGUUGAUGAGCCGGCCUUCUCUGUCUUUUCAAUUCUCUUCGAGGUGACCUCGGCAUAUGGCAACGUUGGCCUGAGUCUCGGCUACCCAACCGCCACCACUUCUCUGUCAGGCAUGUUUGGAACCUUUAGCAAGGUCGUAAUAUGCCUGAUGAUGAUCCGAGGCCGCCACCGAGGCCUUCCAUACGCCCUUGACCGAGCCAUCAUGUUACCCGAUGGGCAGGUUUUGGAAGACCCUCCCAAAUCAUCUUGA